AUGGAAGCUACCAACUUCGCUAUGCAGGCAAAAAUUCCGUUCAACUUCACCCAGAGCAUAGCCUCAUUCAGCGCACCCGUCAAAUCUCGCCCCUACCGCGUCAAUCCCCCGGUGGCGAAACAAGUUGAUGCGAUCCUUGACCAGUAUCUUGCGGCAGGUUUGAUCCAACAUUCGACCUCGCCUUACUCGAGCCCUUUGGUAGUCAUACCGAAGAAAUCUGGUGGUGUUCGCAACACCGUCAAUUAUCGCAAGCUCCAUAAGCUUUGUGCUUUGAGCCAGCUUCCGAUUCCUCGAGUUGAUGAUACUUUGGACAAGUUGUUGAAAGGGCGAAUUUAUUCCCUUUUCGAUAUGAAAUCUUCGUUCCGCCAAAUCACGGUGCACCGCGAUACAAUCCCUUUGACGGCAUUCGUGACAUCUUCCGGGCUUUUCGAGUGGUUGAAUAUGCCUCAAGGCAGUUCGGCUGCCCCUGGGUGGUUUUGCAAAUACUUGGAUGAUUUGAUCGUCUUUGAUGACACCCCUGCUACUCAUGUUGGUACCAUGCGCGCAUGCUUUGAACGCUUGCGUACGCACAACUUGAAACUCACGCCUCCGAAAGCUACUAUUGGCGCUACUGAAGCGGACUUCCUGGGACACACCAUCUCCCCUGACGGCGUUAGGCCUAACGGUGCCAAGGUUUCGGCCCUCACCAAAAUGCCUAUGCCUAGGGAUGUCAAGCAACUACGCCGCCUUCUCGGUGGUCUCAGCUACUACCGUAAGUUCCUCCCCACCAUGGCUAAACGCAUUCGACCUCUGACUACUCUACUCAAGAAGCAGAAGAAGUUUACCUUCACCCCUUCCAUGGAGCAAGCCGUUCGCGUUUUACUAGCUGAGUUGGCCAAUCCCCCUGUUUUGGUUUAUCCAGAUUAGGAUGCCGCUUCAGACGGCUCGCGACCUUGUCAUCUUUACUGUGAUGCUAGUCGCGAUGAGUGUGGUGGGACUCUCGAACAAGAACAGCCACAUGGUUCCAUUCUCC